AUGUAUUUGUCCGUGUGGAGUAAACGACUUUCCCACGCGUUGUCCGGCAGGCGAUUGUCAAUGGAGCGCGAAAAAUGCAAUAAGGAAGGCCAGAGCCCCACCCUCUACGUCAUCUGCCUAAUUGCUAUUAUAAAAAUCGAGCACAUGACUAAAUUGCCUGCUUAUAAAACGAUGCUAUUUCUUGGCUUUUGUGACACCUGCGCCACGUUUAUCCAUUCUUUUGCAACAGGAAUUUUCGGCCUAUUUGGAAUUGCAUUUUGUGAUUACCCUCUGCUAAUUUUCAUACUUGGCUCAAUUGGGUUGGGCUCGUGGAUGGGAUGUUGCAUUACCAGUAUACUAUUGGCAUUUAUCAGAGUCUGUGACGUGGAUUCACAAAGUAAGCUCAAAAAAAUGUUUGAUGGUUGGAGGAUAUAUGUGCUGCUGGCGAUUUGUGGCGUCUACUUUUUUGUUGCGACAUUUUUGACAAAACCGGUGGUGUUCAAUCCGAUGUCUUGGUUUUUCGAUCCGAAUGUUGGGAAAGACCCGUCAAUCUACAUAAGUACCAUUCAUUAUUUCAACAACUUCUCAGUAAUCAUUUGCACCGUCCUAUUCUACGGAUACAUUGCAUAUGUUUAUCUGAAAGAAUCUCGAUCAAUUGCGUCGAAACAAUUGUCAAAAUCUCAAAUUUCGAUACUCCUUCAAUCAUUUUUCUUUUGCUUUUUUCACGUUAUAACCGCAAUUGCAUACAUUGCAAUGGAAUUUUUAUCAGCGUCCGAUUUUUUGACACUUCUUGGGCUUUUGGGAUGGCAGUGGAGUAGUGGAUCUGUGUGCAUUGUGUACUUGACGCUGAACAAGACAAUUAGACAAGCAGUGAAGAAGCUUUUGUGUUCGAAUGUUUCAAAUUCUGUUGGACUUGCCACAUUGUGA